AUGGCGUCUGCUCUAGCUUUAAGCAGUAGCCGAACAAAUCUGAUUUUCUUGCUUCUUUCGCUGCUUGUUCUGUCAAACAUACUUGUGGGCGUGAAACCUGCAGAGAGCAGCUUCCUGACAUACAAUUGUCCAACCACUAGUAACGACUAUACAGAAGGAAGCAAGUUUCAGUCAAAUCUUUAUCGCUUGCUUAGUGACAGUAGCAAUUUCAUCUAUGCAAAAGCCAGUGAAGGAGAAGACCCUGAUAAAGUACAUGGAGUAUUCCUCUGUAGGGGAGACGUUGCACCUAAAGACUGCCAAAACUGCAUUGACGAGGCACCUGACCAGAUCUUGAGCGUAUGUGCUCUCAAGAAACAGGCAAUUAUAUGGUAUGAUCAGUGUUUGAUCCGCUAUUCUAAUGUAUCUUUUGUCUCCACCUUGGACUACUCGGAUUAUGUUAUCUCAUUUAACACACAAAACGUUUCACGGCCAGAACAAUUUAAGGGGAUUUUGGAUGCAAUGUUUGAUAACCUUACCUUUCAAGCUACUUCAGUCAAUCCCAACCUUAAAUAUGCUGCAAAUUCUGCUGACAUUCAUGACCCGCUUCAAAAGUUGUAUGGCAUGGUGCAGUGUCUACCUGAUUUGUCAGCUGCAGAUUGUCGCGCUUGCCUGAAUCACUCUCGUUCUGCAAUCAGUACUCCACUCUCUGACGCCAGAUUACCACGCGGAGGCAGAGUUCUAUAUGCAAGCUGCAAUAUAAGGUAUGAGCUAUAUCUGUUCUUAAAUCCAGGUGGACGGGGUCCGGGAGCACCACAGCCAUCGACCAGCCACCAGGGUAACAAGGAUAAAGGUAAUCCUGGUGGACGAGCACCACAGCCAUCGACCAGCCACCAGGGUAACGAGGAUAAAGGCCCCCGGAUUCGCUGUAUACAGAUAGUCUCCGCGUUUCUUAGAGUGAAGGCGACGAGAAACGAUAAGAAACGGUUCAAAAUCCCUGCUUCUUCUGAUGUUCUUGGAUACAAGGUAUUAAGGCGCGUUUCAUGCACCAUUCUUGCAGAUUUCGGCAUUGACUGCGGCGGUUGGCUUCCUUCAAUAUACCCAGGAUGCUUUUAUAAAUACUUGUCUCUCCUCUUUUAG